AUCAGUAGUAUUAGAAAAACUCAAGGGGGACAUGAUUAAGUGACCAAAAAUCAGGGGGUAAAAUAUAAUUUGCUCAAUAUUUUAGUUCACCAGUCAUUUCGAGAUGGAAGAAAUAACAAUAAUUUUCACUUUGGACGUGUUUAACAUCAACAAUCCGCUCCUAGAUAUAAAAAUGAAAAGGAAUGAAAAUUCACUAGUAACCAUCCCACGGUAUCAUUGGUAAACUCAGUGCAAGUCACACCCAACUUCUUUCUUUGGUUUGGUUGGCCACUUCUUUUUCAUCCUUUUCCCAUGGUAAUAACUUUACAUUCUUCCCUGAAAUCACACGAUUCACAACCCCCCUCUUGACCGCUCAAUUCAUCCCUAUUAUUAUGCCUUUCAUUUGGAAAACACCAUCCUUCAAAAAUAAAUGUGGCAAAAAUAAACACAGCAACCAUUUUGAAAACCGAAAAAUAUUACUCUCUCCGUCCCAUAAUUAUUGUCCAGUUUUAGUUUUCAUUUUUAGUUCAAAUUGCACUAAAAAUGAAAUCUUAAACUGGACAAUAAUUUUAGGACAAAGGAAGUAUUAUAAUUUUCAUCUACUAAUAUCUGGUUACUUUAUCCUAGUGUAAUAAUUUAGCCCUCUCCACAUGCUUCCUUAUUAAUAUCUGAUUCCUUAUCCUUGUUUUAAAAAAAUCAUUGCCUACAUUGUCAAAGUCGCAACAAUUAUUUUCACAAAACAAAUAUAUCAUAAAACCUAAUUUAAAAUUCAAAGCGUAAUCAACCUUCCUACUUUCCUUUUUCAUUUAAUAUUUUUUUUUCUGGCUCUUUUUAAAAACAAAAAAAAAAGUUGAAAAUAGGAAUGCCAAAAAAAAUCGACAAGACAGACGAUCUUACCCUUUUCUUCCCCUUUAUAAAUCCACCCCCCAUCUCACUCUGCCAAAAAGAAAAAACACUUCAUCCCACAUCUUCCCCAGUUAACUCCAAACAUGGCGACUCUUUCGUUCUUCUUCCUUCUUUCCAUCUUAUCUUUCUCUUCGGCUUUGGACAUGUCCAUCGUGAAUUACGACCUCAAAAGCUGGAGGUCCGAUGAGGAAGUCAAGGCCCUGUACGAGGAAUGGCUGGUGAAACACGGCAAAUCCUACAACGGGUUAGGCGAGAAAGACAAGAGGUUCGAUGUGUUUAAGGAUAAUCUCAGGUACAUCGAUGAGCAAAACAGCUUGCCUGACCGGAGCUACCAGCUCGGGUUGAACCGGUUUGCUGAUUUGACCAACGAGGAGUACCGGUCUAAGUACUUGGGAACCCGGAUUGAUCCCAAGAGGAGGCUAGCCAAGAAGCCCAGCAACCGGUACCUUCCCAAACUCGGCGAUGAGUUGCCGGAUUCCGUUGACUGGAGAAAAUCCGGCGCCGUUGCUCCGGUCAAAGAUCAAGGAAGCUGUGGGAGUUGCUGGGCUUUCUCAACUGUUGCAUCGGUUGAAGGAAUCAAUAAGAUAGUUACCGGCGAUCUGAUCUCAUUGUCGGAACAAGAACUGGUGGAUUGUGACAAGACUUACAAUGAAGGAUGCAAUGGAGGUCUUAUGGACUAUGCUUUUGAGUUCAUCAUCCAAAAUGGCGGAAUUGACACUGAAGAUGACUAUCCUUACAGAGGCAGAGACAUGAGAUGUGAUACAUACAGGAAAAAUGCCAAGGUGGUUACUAUUGAUGGCUAUGAAGAUGUACAAGCUGGGGAUGAGGCAGCAUUGAAAACCGCUGUCGCAUCACAGCCAGUCAGUGUUGCCAUUGAAGGCUCUAGCAGAGAUUUCCAGCUCUACUACAAGGGUGUAUUUACUGGAAAAUGUGGUACACAAUUGGACCAUGGUGUGAAUGUUGUUGGAUAUGGUACAGACAAUGGUAAAGAUUACUGGAUUGUUAGGAAUUCAUGGGGUGCCUCAUGGGGAGAAAACGGUUACAUCAGAAUGGAAAGAAAUGUGAAGUUGCCAACAGGGCUUUGUGGAAUCACCUCUGAGCCAUCUUACCCAGUUAAGAAUGGUAAGAAUCCCCCAAAUCCUGGCCCUUCUCCACCAUCUCCAAUCAAGCCUCCUGCUGUCUGUGAUGAUUACUAUGAAUGCCCGGAGGACAACACCUGCUGCUGCGUGUAUGAGUAUGGUAACUACUGCCUUGAAUGGGGAUGCUGCCCACUCGAAGGUGCAACCUGCUGCGAAGAUCAUUACAGUUGCUGCCCACAUGAGUACCCAGUUUGCAAUGUCCAAGCCGGCACUUGCUCAGUUGUAAGUACACAAUGUCAAAACCAUUUCCUCAAUUAAUACUUUUUCAUUCUCUAGCUGAUAAGUCUUGUUUCUAAAACUAGAUUGCUAAAAAUUGUGCUGGCUUGUUAAUGCAGAGCAAGAACAACCCUCUUGGAGUGAAGGUGAUGAAGCACAUGCUGGCCAGACCAAUUAAGAGUUUUGAAACAGAAGGGAAGGCGAGCAGCUCGUGAGAAGUCUCACUUUAUCUUUGAGUGGUGGAAAGGGAAGAGGAUGCUAAGAUUUCCACCAUGGCAUCCAAAUCAAUCCCUUCUUUGUUGAAGCGCUGCCCGAUAUCUUGAGUCCGCCACUGAAGAUAACACAGGAGCAUAUCAAGUGUCCAUUGAAAAAACAAAGAUGAUUUGGCAAAAAUCAUCUGUAUAUAACGCUUUACAUUUCAUGGUACUGUACUACUGUAUUUGAACAUGACAUUGAUCUCUGCCUAGCUGCAGUCGCAUUUGUUUAUAAGCACUUUAAGAAACUUUCAGUAUUUCUAAAAAGAAUUCCACACGGACUACGCUCCACGGUGAUGUAAUAUGAUUAUGUUUAUGCUCUUUGUAUUCAAUCACUGACGGUAAUUAUUCUUCUUCUUCAUGUUAAGCUUCAUGUUUAUGGUUUUUCCUCUUUGCAUGCCCUCAGUCUCGCAAUGUGAUUAUUAUGCAAGAGACUAUAAUUAGUAGAGAGAUUUGUGCAUGACACUGUAGAGGUCGAGAGAAAUCUUGCUUGCUUUAGAAAGCCUCUUUUGAAAUGACGACGAAAAUCCUUUUACUAGCACCAUCAACUUUGAUGAAUCUAGGUAAAUUGUAAUGGCUACCAAGAUUUGAAACACUAAACCGAAAAACUGGAGGCGACCACAAGGAAUAUCAAUUGGCACAAAAUUACUCCUUGUCAGAUGAACGGAUGAAUUUUGAUGAUUGAUGAGCAACAAUCCAAGCAUUAAAAGCGUGAAAAUGUUCUUUGUGGAUGGAAGAGUGAGUGGUUUUUAAGAGAUGCAGAGGGAUGGAUGGAAGGAGUCUGAGUGUUUUGAGUUGGAAAGGAGAGCCUCAAAAAAAAAAAAAAAAAAAAGAAAAGGUUGGAAAGGAAGGAGAUAAGCAUGUCAACUACAAUUCACUUUGUCGAGGUUUUCGUCUGGAUGUAAUAUCGACGGAUAAGCCGACGAGCAAUUCACAUUUAAUCUCAUCCGUCGACGUAAUCGUCGGGAUAAAUAUCUGGAUGACUAUAUCGAUUCUCUUCGACCUUUUUUUCACUUCGUCAAUCUACUAUUCUCGAUGAGUUAGUCGAUCAACCUUAAUUUUAGUUCAUCAAUUUUUUUUUGUCGAACUUUUAAGAUUAUGUCUCAGUCGAUAAUAUUUUUUUACAAUCUUAGUAUCAUUAGUCGACUAAUUUAUUGGUAUAAUGCUCUUGAUGAACAAGGCAUGAUUUUUUUUUUCUUCUAACUUUUCGAUUCUUCUUGGUUGACAUGUGUCAUCUGGAUUGCAAAAAUAGUUUUGUUAACUUGACAAAGAGCUUGAUGACCAAGUCGAAAGAAUUUUUCUUCAAUCUUGACGACAAGGCGAUAGCCUUUUGUACAACCAUAAUUGCAUCAAUCAUCUUUGCGACAGAAGAGGAAGUUUGAUGAGUAAGUCGACAACAUUUUUUUGAAGACGUUUCCCUCAGGAUUAAUUUCACGUCUUUCACCAUUUACUUUGUCUAUUUUUAUUUUUUAUUUUUAUAUGAAUUGCAACAAAGUUUUUUAAUCUCUUACAUUGUGGUAGUCCACCUUCACUUGACAAUCCAUUUACUUUGUCUAUAAACAAGUUUUAAGGUUACUUUCAUUUCAUUGCCUUUAUCAUAUCACCAACGAUUAACUCUUCACAUUUUUCCUCAACCUUCAUUCAUUUAUUGACUUUGUUGUCGAACUUGACUAGUCCACAACAUUCUUCCCGAAACUUUUAAGUUGGGAGAGAGAAUGAUCCUCAAAACUUCACUGAUUCAUUAUAAAUAGUCUCACAUAAUAAGAUUAAGGUUAAGUUGUGUUAGACAAUCUGGUCGUGAUGCUAUUGUUACUAUUUUAUAUUUGCCACCAAAAAAGGAAAAGAAAAUGUACUAUAUUAUGAUUCCCCGUCUCUGAUUUUACAAUUAACUAUCAAACUUCGAAAAAGAUUUUGUUUUAUUUAAUCUUUUAUUUUAUCAAACUUUGAAAUUUUGAUUGUUUAUUAGUAUGAUUGAAUUUGGAUCAUUAGAAUUCAAUGUCAUGUUAAACGUCUCUAUUAUUUUCAUGAGACCAUCUUGCAAGCUCAGCCCAAAACGACUUUGGGGAUGGGUUUCGGGACCAUCAAAUUCCAAUAUGUCAAUGUUGAUGGAUUGAUCUUUCUCGCGCCUCAUUCUGAUCAUUGAUCAUGCUUUUUGAGCUACAACAAUUGAUUAAAAAAAAAAACAAUUGACCAAAAACAAUAACAGUAAGAUUACAGGAAAUGCAACUUAAAGCGAUGAGCUAUAGUUUUGUAUUUGUUUUUUAAGCACCUAAACUAGAGUUGGCAAGAAUACCUACGGACUUACUAUUCAUCCAAAUCCAUUGGACUUUAGUCCAUAAAUGUCCAUCCAUUUAAAAUGUUAGGUUUGGGUAGAUCUGGAUAAAAAGUUGUUUAAAAGGGUAUGGGUAGUCUACGGUUACCCAUCAGGUAAUCUAUUAGAUUUUCAAACUAUACAAUCAUCAUUUAAGUAGGUCAUGACCCGACCCAACCCAACCCAUUUAAGGAAGGGUUAUAUACGAACUGGGUCAUGACGAGUUGGCGUGGGUUGUGAGUCAACUAUUUUACUAUAAAAUUUUUACCUGAGUGUUGAUCCAUACAUAAAAUUACUUUUUUUAACAAUGGUAUAUUUUAUAACUUAAUGGACUUCAAAUUUUUACAUUUACGGCAAGUAUAACUGGGUCAGCCCAUGCAUCGAGGUGGGUCGACCCAAUAACCACGUCAUGAUACACGAGUCAAAUUUUUAUUUUUUGUUCAAAUAAAUUUUACACUUGUAUUUUCUAACUCCUUUAAGUUCAACUUUUACGUUUUGAUUCAUAUUAAACUGGGUCGAUCCAUGAGUCAUGUCGAAUCGACCCAAUAACCGAACCACGGUACAUGAAUCGAAUUUCGAUUUUUUUAAAAAUAAAGUACAACUAUGGAUUUUUACUUUGGAGACUAAUAAUUAUAUUUUCUACUAAGUUUUACCGG